GGCGGCGGCGCCUGCGCGCUGCGCCCAGCGCCGCUUCCUGGUGGCGGCGGGGCCGGGCCGGGCGAGCCGAGCCGCGCCGGGGCGAUGGCGGCGCCGCGGCGGCGGCCGGGGCCGGGGCUGGCGGCGGCGGCGGCGCUGCUGUGGGCGCGGGCGGCGGCGGGCGCGCAGGCGGCGGCGCGGCCCGGGGCGCUGGAGGAGGAGAUCGUGUCGGAGAAGGCGGCGGAGGAGAGUCACCGGCAGGACAGCGCCAACCUGCUCGUCUUCAUCCUGCUGCUCACCCUCACCAUCCUCACCAUCUGGCUCUUCAAGCACCGCCGCGCCCGCUUCCUGCACGAGACCGGGCUGGCCAUGAUCUACGGCGUCCUGGUCGGCGUGGUGCUCCGCUACGGCAUCCACGUCCCCAGCGACGUCAACAACGUGACGCUGAGCUGCCAAGUGCAGACCAGCCCCGCCACGCUGCUGGUGAACGUCAGCGGCAAGUACUACGAGUACACGCUGAAGGGGGAAAUCAGCGCCCAGGAGCUCAACAACGUCCAGGAUAACGAAAUGCUGAGGAAGGUGACUUUUGAUCCCGAGGUGUUUUUCAACAUUUUGCUUCCUCCGAUUAUAUUCUAUGCGGGCUACAGCUUAAAAAGGAGGCAUUUCUUCAGAAACUUGGGAUCGAUCCUAGCGUACGCUUUUCUCGGGACUGCCAUUUCCUGCCUGGUGAUCGGCUCCAUCAUGUACGGCUGCGUUGCCUUGAUGAAAGUCACGGGGCAGCUCGGCGGAGACUUCUACUUCACCGACUGCCUCCUGUUCGGUGCUAUCGUAUCGGCUACUGACCCAGUGACUGUUCUUGCCAUAUUCCAUGAGCUCCAGGUUGAUGUUGAGCUGUAUGCCCUUCUCUUUGGCGAAAGCGUCCUCAAUGAUGCCGUUGCCAUAGUGCUGUCUUCGUCGAUUGUUGCGUACCAGCCAGCGGGUGACAACAGCCACACGUUUGAUGUCACGGCGAUGUUCAAGUCUAUUGGGAUCUUCCUGGGGAUUUUCAGUGGAUCUUUUGCAAUGGGGGCAGCUACUGGAGUUGUGACAGCAUUAGUCACCAAGUUCACCAAACUCCGGGAGUUCCCGUUGCUGGAGACCGGCCUGUUCUUCCUGAUGUCCUGGAGCACCUUCCUGCUGGCCGAAGCGUGUGGCUUCACAGGUGUGGUGGCCGUGCUGUUCUGCGGGAUCACUCAGGCCCAUUACACCUACAACAACUUAUCUACCGAGUCCCAACACAGAACCAAGCAGUUGUUCGAGCUUCUGAAUUUCUUGGCAGAAAACUUCAUCUUCUCCUACAUGGGACUUGCACUGUUCACCUUCCAGAACCACGUCUUUAACCCUACCUUUGUGGUAGGCGCUUUCCUUGCUAUCUUCCUAGGAAGAGCUGCCAAUAUAUACCCGUUGUCAUUUUUACUGAAUCUGGGGAGAAGAAAUAAGAUUGGAACAAAUUUGCAGCACAUGAUGAUGUUUGCCGGGCUGCGAGGAGCCAUGGCGUUCGCCUUGGCCAUCCGCGACACGGCCACCUACGCCCGGCAGAUGAUGUUCAGCACCACGCUCCUCAUCGUCUUCUUCACGGUGUGGGUUUUCGGCGGGGGCACCACGGCCAUGCUGUCGUGCCUCAAUAUCCGAGUUGGUGUGGAUGCAGAUCAGGAAAACGUGGGCGUCCCGGAGAGCGAGAGGAGGAGUACGAAGGCGGAAAGCGCCUGGCUCUUCCGCAUGUGGUACAACUUCGACCACAACUAUCUGAAGCCUCUGCUGACGCACAGCGGGCCUCCGCUCACGACCACGCUCCCGGCGUGCUGCGGGCCUGUUGCCAGGUGCCUGACAAGUCCGCAGGCCUACGAGAAUCAGGAGCAGCUGAAGGACGACGACUCCGACCUCAUUUUGAACGACGGGGACAUCAGCCUGACGUACGGGGAUUCCACCGUGAACACCGAUUCGGUCGUGUCCAGUGGCGCGUCGCGGCGGUUCGUAGGAAACAGCUCCGAGGAUGCGCUGGAUCGGGAGCUUGCUUUUGGGGACCAUGAACUUGUAAUCCGGGGAACGCGCCUGGUUCUUCCCAUGGACGACUCGGAGCCACCGUCAAACGUCCUGGAUAGCGCAAGGCAUGGUCCAGCAUAAGGUUGCUCGGUUAAUUGACAGUAAUAUUUGCAUAUAUGAUCAAGAAAUAUGUACUACCUAAAGUCUAAUGCAUGUCUCAAAAUGUCUAAGCUGUAUAAAUAUUAUUUAUAUGGUGUCAGAAGAAUAUAAAUAUUCUCUGCCAAGCACUUGUAAAGAACAAGCUGCAAAUUUAAGUUAAAAACUGUGUUGACUGCACUGUGUAGGGUGGAACUGUUUUAGCGUAAGGAUCUUUUGCACACAGUGAGCUUCUUUUAUGGUGUGAUUUGAUGAAGGGUUUAGGCUCCAGCUGGGUAAGUAAAGGAGCUGACUCCCUGUUCGUCCUCUGUACCUGGGAGAGCGGGGUAGGCAAGCGGUGGCGAACGAUGUAAAUUACUUUCUAUUCAGAUAGGGAAUUUUGUCUCUGGCCUUUGGAUAGUCACAUUAAAACGUCGGCGAAAUGUCUGCCUGCAGCCUGUCUUGCGGGCGGCGGCCAGCAAUAACCUCCUCCGCUUUGCGGGAACCUGCGCAGGGACGCUCGUCCCGGCGGAGGGCUCGAGGCAACGGGGGAAGAGCUUCUUACCUGAAGCGACCUGUCUCCUCCGCCCGAGCCAGCGCUUCGGCAGGCGCCCGGCAGACCUCAGCCGGAGCCGCGGCGCGCGGCGAUUCCGGCUUUGCGGCCGCUUGGAGCGGAGCCCGGGGAAGCGGGAGGGCGGGAGGCUGAGCCUGCGCGCGCGCUGGGCGCAAAGGGGCGAUCCCGUCCCGGCGGCGCGAGCCUUAGGGCUCGGGGCCGAGCCCCCCGCGCAGCCCUGACCGUUGCACUUCCUUUAACAGCGCCUUCGCAUGCCGCGUGUCUGUAAUCCUGCUCUCUCCCACGUCGCUUUCCAUUUACUGAGCAACCUUUGCGAGUUGGUCUGUUUAUUUUAUUUUUUUUUUUUUUUGGGGGGGGGGGAUGGGUUUGCUUGUCUGUUUUGUUGUUUUCCCAAGGCAGAGCACAGAACAAUUUGCGAUUUCGCACUAGUGUUACAGGAUUUACUCCGUAGUUACGGAAAUGGCUAAAGGUGCAGUGAAAUUUGUUGACCCUGACAUCUUCUUCCCCCCCUGCCCCGAGAAGGGGAAAACACAGAAAUUUACCGUAUGCAAUUUUAUUGCCUGUUUUAGCUGCAGCCUUGCCGUACAAAACUUGCAGGGUUACGGGAGUGCUGCAAGCCUGCUCUGGAGUUCGCCCGCUCUGUGCUAAAAGGAGAAUUUGUGCAAUGAGAGCAAGGUGAGGCCGAGCACUCCCGGCUCCCCUUGGAGCAUCCCUCGGGAUCAGACCCGGCCCUCCGAGCGGUUUCCCUCCGGCUCUUGUCCCCAGCACUACCUGAGAGUUGGAGGAGACAGGAAAUACCGAAAUUUUACAUGUGUUUUUAUAGUUGAGAAAUUAAAUUUAAACUUUUGUUUUUCAUUUUCUCAGGUCUAAGUAACAUUGCCUUAAAUGUACUGAAGUUAAACUAAUUGUUUUGGCAGUUUAUCCCCAAAAAGUACUUUUUUUCUUUCUUUUUUUUUCUUUUUCCUUCUGAACAAACUAUAUAGGCGUUGCCAUAGGGCUCCUUGCGAAGGGGGGCACGCUCUGGUUGUAUUUAGGCAUAGACUCUUCUUGCACCGGUAUAUGGCAGUUCUAGCUGUUAACGUAGCUGUUGGAUUAGCGCUAGCCUCUUUGUUUCCUGCCAUGCAGGAUUUCCAUGAGUGUGCAUUUUAUAUAAUGUCUGUAACUUAACUUUGUGUGUUUAAAAAAGAAAAAAAAAAGUUGGUACAUGUUGACUUUAAGUUUACUGCAUCGCUUCUACAUCUGUUUUUUUUUCUGUAUAGUCUACGAAUUCAAUUUACAAAAAAUAAAAAUUCAGGGUGGUACAGCCGGGGGUGCGGAGCACGGCGGCUGCUGGGAUCCGCUGCUGCUGCGAGCACGUGGUGGGGCCGCUGGGUCCCUCCCAAGGGUCCCAGCCCCACCACUGCUGCCCAGGGCCUCGAGCCCUCGUGUUUUGUGCUGCCUGAAACCUCUCCAGGAGUCAGGAGCGGUAAAUCCGGGUGUCAUCGCUUGCGUGAUUGCACCAAGCACUAAGGGUACGCGGCACCUUGGAGAACCAAGUCGUUGAGACCUUUUGCCAAGCAGAUGAGGCAGCGCCAAGCAGGUAGUUCAUAGCUCACCUGAAGCUCUAGAGAAGGUGCCCUUCUCCUGUAAAUUGAAUUUACAUGUUUUUUUGCACAUGAAAAAGCAUUGUAGGUAAAGUUACGGUUUGUACUAAUACUGUCAACUUGUGCGGUAUCGGCAUUAACUCUGUAGCUGUGGUGUUUGUGCAGCUGAUCUGUGAUAGCUGGUGAUCACUGUUGGACCUUCUGUUUACACUGACUAAAUCCCUUCCUGUUGCGUUGUACUGUGAAAGAAGGAUUAUGGGCCUAUAAAAGAUUUUUUUUUUUCUGGAA